CCCUUCUAACACACACUAGUCCCCACCCCUUCCCAGGGAGCUGAUCGAGAGGGGAAGCUUGAAGCAAUAAGGGCCCGGAGGAGUAGAGUUCUGCAGGCACCGCAGGACAGCCCCGAACCAGGGGCCUCUGUCUCUGCGCGGCGGCCGGCGUUGGGCGGGGCUCCCUGGGUGCGGGCCCUCUGUUGUGGCGGCGGAGCUCGUUCUCUUCCGCUGCCUGUCGCCGUCCCCGGCCUGGCGAGCCCGCUGCUGACAUGGAGGAGCUGGACGUGGAGCCGCCGCUUACUCUGAUUCCUGGGGUGGACUCCACCAGGAAGCAAAUGUGUUUUGCCUGGGGACCUGGAGAGAUGCUGGUGUAUGAAACUUUGUUCCCAAAAGAACAUGCAGAGAAAAGGCCAGGCUGCCCCAACAUUUUCAUUGUUCGCAAAGAUCAAGAUGUGUACUCGCAGACCUUACGCAAACUCUUCAAUGAAUCUCAUGGGAUCUUUGUUGGACUCCAGAGGAGUGAGGAAGAACUGGCUGGGAAGUCAAGGAAAGCACAAUUGGUUCGAGUGAGUAAAAACUACCGUUCAGUCAUAAGAGCCUGUAUGGAGGAGAUGCACCAGUUGGCUAUUUCUACCCGGGACCCUGAGCUGCACUGCCAGCACAGCAUCCAGGUCUCUAUUCUGUCCGCAAUGGAGCUGAUCUGGAACUUGUGUGAGAUCCUUUUUGUUGAAGUAGUGCCAGCUGGUCAUCUCCUGCCUCACCUCCUCGACUGGGUUCGUCUUCAUGUCUGUGACGUAGACAGCAUGGUCCGUGAAGUUCUGAGCAGUGAAAAUCCAUCAAAACAUAAAGACUUCUGGAAUGCUGUGGACAUCUUCGUGCUGCAGGGCCGGAUGGAUGAUGCACGGCACUUGCUCUCUAAGGAAGCCAGUGCCAACCCCAUGUCGAUGGGCAUGUGCAAAAUUCUGGAUGACUUGAUGAAGAAGAUGCCCAUUCUUACUAUUGGCAACACCCAGACACUGACUGAGAUGGAACUGAAAUGGCAGCACUGGCAUGAAGAAUGUCAGCGGUACCUCCAGGAUGGGACCUUUGCUUCUAAUCCCCACAUGGAGUCCAUCUGCAAGAUCCUGCUGGGAGAUGAGAAUGCCAUAAUGGAGAAGAAGGAGCUCAUGACUACUUGGUACCACUUUCUGGUCACCCGACUUGUCUACUCCCAUCCAACUGUGAAGCCAGUGGAACUUCGCUUCUACGCACAGACUAGCCUGGACCUGUUCCUGGGAGGAGAGAGCAUCCCUGAGCCUCUAGACAGCAUCUUAAUGGCAGCCUUUGAGUUCGAGAUCCAUCAAGUGAUUAAAGAAUGCAGUAUCGCCCUGAGCAACUGGUGGUUUGUGGCUCAUCUGACUGAUCUGUUGGAUCACUGCAAACUCCUGCAGUCUCACAAUCUCUAUUUUGGUUCCAAUAUGCGUGAAUUCCUCCUGUUGGAGUAUGCCUCCGGGCUCUUUUCCCAUCACAGCCUGUGGCAGUUGGGGGUAGAUUAUUUUGAUCAUUGUCCAGAGUAUGGCAAGGUUUACCUGGAGCUUCAUAUUGAGCGAAUCCCCCUCAACACAGAGCAAAAAGCUCUCAAGGUGCUGAGGAUCUGUGAGAAGAGACAGAUGCACGAACAAGUUCGCAGCAUCUGUAAAAUCAUGGCCAUGAGAGCUGUGCGGAACAAUCGCUUAGGCUCAGCACUGUCCUGGAGCAUCCGAGCCAAGGACGCAGCGUUUGCUACGCUCAUAUCGGACAGGUUCCUGAAGGAUUAUUGUGAGAGGGGCAGCUUCUCAGACCUGGACCUUAUCGACAACCUGGGCCCCUCCAUGCUGCUCAGUGAUCGGCUGACGUUUCUUGGGAAGUACCGAGAAUUCCAUCGGCUGUAUGGUGAGAAACGGUUCUCUGAAGCUGCCAAGCUGCUUCUGAUGCUGAUGACGGCUCGUAUUGCUCCAUGUUCCUUCUGGAUGACCCUGUUAAUUGAUGCUCUUCCCCUCCUGGAGCAGAAAGAGGUAAUAUUUUCAGCAGAGCAGACCUACGAAUUGAUGCGCUGCUUGGAGGACCUGACAGCUGGAAAGACAGAUAACCAGAAACUCCAGGCUGAUGACUUUGAGACCACCAAGGUGGAAAUCCUGAGACUUGCUCUUGCACGAAACCUUGCCCGAGCUAUUGUCAAGGAGGGCACAUUGGAAGGAUCAUGAGAAGGGGCUACUGAAGUAACUCUGUGGCAUACUAAUCCAGGAGCAUCUUCCACUCAAAGACAACUGAGGAGGCCACAUGCCUUGGUCCUGAGUGCCAAACCAGCGCUGACACUUAGCAAGCUGAGUUUGGAUUUUUACUUCUACGCUUACCUUUCAAUGGCUAGUGCCCCCUUCGCAUCAGGGCAUCUGCCUUGUCUUUCACUUCUCCUUGUGGUUCGUAUUUCUCACUACUCUGAAGAAAAACAUGGAGCCACAGUGGAAAGUAUAAGAUGGCUAGAAAGAAUUCCGAGCUUUACUUACAGUAAUGGGUUUUAUAACCUCCAUUAAAUCCAGCAGCACUUCCUCAUUUUAGCUUUAUUCUUAUAAUAGGCUGGAGUAUCUUCCUGCUGUACUGAGUCUGGACAGUCAGGCUGACCAUUCCCUUCACUAUUUAAGAUCUGUUUGCCUGUACCUUGCACUGCUAGAAAUACUUUGUCUAGUGUAAUUAAGUUUUCAUACAGCCACUCCACAUACUGUCUUCACAGGAGUGUAAGGUUACAGAUUUAAAACAGGAAAAAAUGCUUCUUUAAAACAAUUUGCUAAAAAGUCACUGAAGGAUUGUGUAGGUUUUAAAUUAAGAGUGGGGGGAGAGACUGCUGGAAUCAAACUUUCAGUGUAUUGAACUACGUCUCCUAAUUCAUGUAGCUAGAGGGCUCACUCGGCUGAGCCCCAUGAUUUAAAAUACAGUUGGUUUUCCCUUUGUGGAGACAAUUGCACUUAGCCACUUAAUACUGGGAACAAAUAAAAUAGGGUUCUAAACCCAGCAGUGCACC